AGAACGACGACAUUCCUCUGUGAUUGCGGUAUUCUCAGCGUUCAACUGUACAUACUUGCCUCCCACUUACCCGACGAUCGCUUGUCAUUCUUUGCAAUGGCUGAUCCUCAACCUCCGAAUGUAGUCGAAGGUGCGACCACCGGAGACAUUGACGAAGAAGUUCCGAUCGCGGCAAAGUCUGCAGAGGACAGGAAAGCAGCAGCAGCACUCUCUACUCUUGACAACCGGGAUGAUGAAUCUUCAGGGAAGGAUGUCGACCAAGAAGCUGUGCGAAAAGCUAUGGAGAGACUGGGAGGGGCAGGAGCUACAAAUGGUGUGGUGACAAAGAAGGACGAGCAGAAGGUUGUGAAGAAAGCAAUCAAGGUUGAUCCUGCCGAUGUUACAUUGCUGGUUGAGGAGCUCGAGCUCACGAAGAUCAAAGCUACAGACUUGCUGAAAGCUCACGAGGGAGACGUAGAGAAGGCAUUACGGGCGUACAUUGCACCUGCAGCAUAAGGGUUUGGGAUACAAAAAGUGAAAUUCCGUCAGGUUCAAGCAUAGCAAUGGAGUCAAGGGCAAUCAAUCAUUGGGAAUCACUUCAGUAGAGCUCGAAUACUGGAUUUCAGAUCGAGUUGAGGAAUGAGAAACUUCACUUAAGGCUCUGCCCGUAGUAUUGCCUCCUGGCUGCAAGCGCACAUCAUUAAAAGCCAGCGAAUGUGGAGAUCGUAUUUGAUUGAAUGACUUGGAGUGUCAUGCAGCAGUACAAGCAAGAUUGCUAAGCCAGUGUUUGUCUUUGAUUCAAUCCUCGAUCCAAUGAGCUCAAUGGCCCCGAACAGUUGCCCACAACAUCCUCUAAUAACCCAUUGUUAUUCCCGAAGCUCCCGACAGUACAGUAUGGAGUUGUAGCUUCUCAAACAUUGACAUCGCGGUAAAC